UAGCAAAUGCUUCCAAGGUAGGAAUUUGUGGCAUGGGCGGGUUGGGUAAGACCACCCUAGCUGAAAUUGUAUUCGAACGGUCUCGUCAUCAAUUUGAUCAUGGGUGCAUUUUAAAAGAUGUUCGAGAACAAAUCGAAAAAAAUGGAUCAAAUCAUUUGGCAAAAGAUUUUGUCAAAAGACUAUCAAAGGAAGAAAAUGGAGAUUUGGAUGAUGCAAAAAAGAAAAUGCUAAGUCGGAAAAAGUUGUUGUUAGUUCUUGAUGAUGUGGAUUGCUUGGAACAUUAUGAAGCUUUGCUUAAAGAUGAACGUGAUUGGUUAAACUCUGAAAGUAAAGUUAUCAUAACAAGCAGAAAUAAACAAGUAGUUCGAAAUAUUGUUAGAGGCAACAAAAACAUAUACGACUUACAGAUACUAAAUGAAGAAGAAGCUCUUAAGCUCUUCUUAUUGCAUGCUUUCAAAAGGGAAAUUGUUGAAGAAAAGAAGAUAGAAUUUUCAAGAAAGUUUGUAGACUAUGCUAAAGGUCUUCCAAUUGCUCUUAAAGUCUUGGGUUCUGAUCUUUAUUUAAAGAGUAUGAAUGCAUGGCAAAGCUUGUUGAGUAAGCUGAAACAAGUAGAACCCGAUCAAGGAGUACAAAAGGUACUAAAAGUAAGUUUUGAUGGACUGGAAGAAAAAGAGAAGAGCAUAUUUCUUGAUAUAGCGUGUUUCUUUCGAGGUCAGGACAAAUAUUUUGUGAAAGAUAUAUUGGAUGAUCGUGGUUCUUUUGAUGCUGAUAUUGGAGUUCUUGUUGACAAGUGUUUGAUAACUAUAUCUAAAAGCACAUUUGCUCAUGGGCCAGUCCUUCAAAUGCAUGAUUUGUUACAAGAAAUGGGCCAGUCCAUUGCUCGUGGGUCAGAUCGUAAUCAUUUGCAAAAUCAUAGUAGAUUAUGGAUGUCUAAAGAUAUUUGCCACGUCUUGAAGAAUAAUAUGGCUACUACCACAAUUGAAGGAGUAUAUCAAGUUGAUGGUGCCAAUAGAGUACGAGACAAUAGAAGUGAAGAAUUUUUUGAUGGUGAUAUUGGCGAUAGAGUACAAUUUAUAGAGGUGAUAAGCUUGGACCCUUCAACCUUUAAAAAAGUACCAUGUCUAAGAUUGCUUAAACUACUGAAGAAAAAUUCCCAAAUUGGAUUUGAAUUCCCUCGUGGUCUUGAUGGCACUUUUCCCGAUAAGCUUAGAUUCUUGGAAUGGUACUACUACCCUUUGGAAUCUUUAGGGUCAAAUUUUACACCGCAUAAUCUUGUUCAUCUUAGUAUGGUUCGAAGCCAACUUAAGAAACUAUGGAAUGAAACUCAGGAUGUUAACAACUUGAAAUAUGUCAAUCUCUCUCACUCAAAGAAUCUGACUUGUUUUCCAAAUCUCGCUAAAGCAAAUCUUCAAAUGCUGCGCCUCCAUGGUUGUACAAAUUUAGUUAACCUUCCCCCGUUAAGGUUUCACAACAUUCUUGAUAAUGCAGAGAAAGAAUCCGAAGUCAUGCACAAAUAUAAUUGUUUAAUGCUACAAUUUAUAUAUCAUAAGGUGUAUGAUGAGCGUAAAAGCAUUCACCAGAAUGUGCGACAUUUUGCUGUGCGACAAUCUGUUGAGCAACAUUCUCUUAAGCAAGAUUCUGAUGUGUUCAUGAAUAUAACCCCAUCCCUAUUGGACUAUGUGUGGACAGACGGGGCCUAUAGUUGCUUGCUUGAUCUCAAAGGGUGCUCCAACCUUAGAAGUCUUUCAGUGAUGUCUGGUAAUAUAAAAUUCAUAUGUUUGCGUUCAACUGCAAUAAAAGAAUUGCAUUCCUCAAUUGGCUAUCUCAAAAAUCUUCUUGUGCUUGAUCUCUGUAAUUGUAAAUGUAUCAAGAAUCUUCCAACUAGUAUUCGUAAUUUGGAGUCAUUGGAAUACCUAGAUAUGUUUGGAUGUAAAUCCAUUGAAAAGUUUCCCGAGCUUCCAAAAAAUAUAAAAGGACUAGAUUUGAGUAGAACAUCAAUACAACAAGUGGAUUCAUCAUCCUUUGAGUGUCUACCUUGUCUCCAUAUUUUAUACAUGAAUAGUUGUAUAGAGCUUGAAAGCCUCCCAACUAGCAUAUGUAAGUUGAAGUCUCUUGUGAGACUAGAUCUUGGAAAGUGCUCACGAUUGAAACUUUUUCCAGAAAUCUUGGAGCCUAUGGAGAAGCUAGAGAAACUUUAUUUAGAUGAAAGUGGGAUUGAAGAGAUGCCAUCAACAAUAGAGAAUCUUGUUGUGCUUCGUGAGUUCAACUUCACCUACUGCAAAAAUCUCAAGUGCCUUCCAACCACCAUUUGCAAGUUGAAGUCUCUUACAACAUUAUAUGUUCAUGGUUGCUCACAAUUGAAAAGCUUUCCAGAAAUCUUGGAGCCUAUGGAGAAGCUAAAGAAACUUUGGUUAAAUGGAAGUGGGAUUGAAGUGAUGCCAUCAACAAUAGAGAAUCUUGUUGUGCUUGAUGAGCUAAACUUGUGCAAUUGCAAAAAUCUCAAGUGUAUUCCAACCACCAUUUGCAAGCUGAAGUCUCUUAUAGCAUUAUAUAUGAGUGGUUGCUCACAAUUGAAAAGUUUUCCAGAAAUCUUGGAGCCUAUGAAGAAGCUAGAAGUGCUUUGGUUAAAUGAAAGUGGGAUUGAAGUGAUGCCAUCAACAAUAGAGAAUCUUGUUGUGCUUGAUGAGCUAAACUUGUGUGAUUGCAAAAAUCUCAAGUGUAUUCCAACCACCAUUUGCAAGCUGAAGUCUCUUACAGCAUUACAUAUGAGAGGUUGCUCACAAUUGAAAAGUUUUCCAGAAAUCUUGGAGCCUAUGGAGAAGCUAGAGAAACUUUAUUUAGAUGAAACAGGGAUUGAAGAGAUGCCAUCAACAAUAGAGAAUCUUGUUGUGCUUGAUGUGCUAAGCUUGCGCUAUAUCAAAAAUCUCAAGUGCCUUCCAACCACCAUUUGCAAGCUGAAGUCUCUUACAACAUUAUAUGUUAUUGGUUACUCACAAUUGAAAAGCUUUCCAGAAAUCUUGGAGCCUAUGGAGAAGCUAGAGGUACUUUAUUUAAAUGGAAGUGGGAUUGAAGUGCUACCGCCAUCAAUUGAACGUCUAGUUACUCUUAAAUAUUUAGGUUUAACUAGAUGUAAAGAUCUCAAGUCUAUUCCAACCAACAUCUACAAUAUGAGAAACAUUUCUAAAAUCAUUAUUGAUGACCCAGAACUAAAAAAUUUGUCAUAUUGUGGUUUUUCCUCAUUAAUACUAUCAGGUCCCAGUGAAGCCAUUGCUAGUCAAUUACGUGCAGAAGUUCAAAAUUCCAAGUGCAGAAGUUCUUGCCCUAUCACAAGUAUAAAUGUUUUAUUCAUAUUACAUUCUGAUGGACUCAAAUGUGGCGCCGGCAUUCCAUUCGCUUGUUGUGAGUGCUUUCUAUUUUACUCGGUGCAUAAUAUUUUGGCGAGCCAAUAUUUUGAGUAUAAUAUUUACCGGUGUCGCGAAAUUUCCAAAAUUUUGCGUGAUGAAUGUUAUUAUGGUGAAGAAGAAGAUCAGGAUUUAAUAAGUUGUCCAAAAGCAAGUUUUUGCUAUUCAGGAAAUGCAAUUCCUCGAUGGUUUACUUAUCAAUCUGUGGGUUCAUCAAUAGAAGUAAACUUGGUUCCCUCUUCGGAUAAUUAUUUCAGCUUCUUAGGCUUUGCUAUAUGCAUUGUCGUUGAUUUUGAUCCGUGCACUUCAAAUCCUGGUGUGGUGGACUUAAAUUGUGAAUACCAUCUCAAAAGCAAUGAUGGUCAAAGUUCCAAAUUCUGUUCAAUUCUACUGCGACAAAAAGCUACUCAUGAUUCUGAUGGAGAUUCUAAUGUAGACAACAAUGACAUUUUAGACUGGUCAUCGGGCAAUGUGUUCAUAUCGUAUCUUUACCGAAAAGGUAAUUGGAAAUUUUUAUCUGGAGUUGACCUUAAUCUUGUAGUAAAUCUCACGGCAAAAGUCUUGAUCAUCACAUGGUCUCUGAUAAACAAAAGGACUUCUCCUGCUAUUUCUAUGGAGUAUUGCUGUUUUGAUUGA